AUGGUGGCCUUUUGGCCCUGGGGGGGCGAAUCCUCCGACACCGCUUCCUUCGAAAAAACCCUUUCUACGCUUUCGACUAAGAUCAAUGAUGCUCAGGCCUCGCUCGACAACUUCCGCGCAAGCUCUCGCCGCGCCCGUGUCAUUUGGACACUAUACCUCAGCUUUGCUUAUCUCGUUUAUGCGAUCGUCCUUCUUCUUGUCGUCGGAUAUGACAACCUCGGUGCCUUCGAAUGGGGCGGUCUUACAGGCGGUCCGGUGCUCAUCUACGUAACGCGCACGACCCUCGCUACGUACUACAGCUUUCGCAUCGAGACCCUCAGUGCCCGUCUUAGAGAGCAUCAGCAAGAGCGCGCAAAGACGAUCCAGAAACUCAAGGAGGCCACCAAAUAUGACUCCACUAUGGAGUUAAUCGAGAAGUACGGCGGGGCUGACAAUAAGAGCAAGAAGAAGGAUGGCGAGCAGAAUACAGACAAGACGUCUGGCAAGCAACAACAUGCUGCCCCUGGCCAGGGGCCUCCAGGUCGAACGCGCAUGCCUCCUCCUCCAACAGCCAACAUCCAGCGGGCUCACAGUCCUAUGCCAGGCCCAAACCCCAUGGAACCCGGUGCCGAAUUCGCUCCUAAUGCCGAAUGGUCUACACCUCUGCCACCUCCUUCAGCUCCCGGUACCCCUCAGCCUCCUCCUCCACCCCCGCUGCCGCAGAGAAGUUACUCUUCCUACUCGACCGCUGCCCCUGAAACUCACUGGUACGACCGUAUCUUCGAUGUCCUCCUUGGCGAGGAUGAGACCGCCCCCAAGAAUCGUAUCGUUCUUAUCUGCCAAUCGUGCCGAGUUGUAAAUGGCCAGGCCCCCCCCGGAACUAAGACGUUGAGCGAGCUUGGACAAUGGAGAUGUAUGUCAUGUGGUGCCUCGAACGGAGAGCUAGACGAAGGGAGGCGUAUCAUGAACGAGGUUCUGGACGCCGCCAAAAACGCAGAGACUGAUGGCGACAGUGUUCAUGAGAAGUUCGCUCCUGAAGACAGUGAGCCCCCCAUGGUCGAUGUGAGCACGCCCAAUGAUGGUCCCGCUGUAAACACCAGAAAACGCAAGGGGGGUAAUGGAAAGAAAUGA